CAGACGCUGACUUCAGCUACACCUACAACAUUACAAAACCGAGUCUACCACUCUCAAAGGGUCAGACCAUGUCUUCAUCAGAGCUCAUCAAAGCUACGCAAAACAUUACUAAGGCAUCGAGUUCCAGAAAUGACACCAAAAUGCUAAUGCAGCCGUACGCAAACUGGGAGGAGUACUUGACACCAGGUCCAAUUUCCAUUGCCAUUUUGGGAGAGUUGGUCUUCAUUUCAUCAAAAGUGGACUUCUCCAUCAACAAAAGUCCACCAAAAGAUGGAUUCAAAUUCAUCAGGUACCCAGAAUCAUUCAGAGCUUGUCUCAUGCAAGUUUGCAAUGCUGGAUGGAGUGCUUUCAAUGAGGCCCACAAGAACAUGGAUCAGAUUCGCCUACACACAGGCAACGUUCCUGACUACAUAAAGAUGUGCGUGAAAAUUCUUCUCCAAGAUAACGACGAACUUGUUCAAACCUUUAUCCCUGACCAGCUCCAGAAUAUUGACAGCAUAGCAAACGAUUGUCUGGACCUGGCAACGAACACUGAGAAGAAGUUCAUGGAAGUCAUUAUGCUGAUUCAAGAGCUUCUGGAGGCUUGCCUAAAUGCCAAACAGAGUUAUUCUCACGAGCUUGAGGAAGUCAGGCAAAAGCUGGAAACAGCAAAGUUUAGAGAAAAACUGUUAAAGGAAGCCAAUAAGAGGGCUGAAAAUCAUGUGAACAAACUUGAUGAGCAACUUAAACAAGCCCAGAAGUCUUUUGAGGAGGCAAUGAACUCUUUGCCAAAUGAAUGGGAAAUGAUUGGGAUGAAUCUGGUCGAGGGCCUGGCUGGCACAGUGAAUACUAUCCUUUCUGGUGCAGCUUAUAUUAGCACAGGAGGCUUUAUUGCAGACGGAAUUAAAUCAAUUUCAUCUUUUGCUGCACAAAAUACAAUCAAUGCCGGAGCAAGCGUGGAACAGAGUGCGCAAGAACAUGACCCAAUGAACAUAAACAACAUAUACGCCAAUUCAAGCCACAUUUUGUCAGUAAGCCAAAGUUUCCUCAAAUUCAUUGAUAAUAAUCAAAUCAAAUGGGAAGCACUGAAAGAUGAGAGUAGCGGACGAAUAACUUCAAAUUUCCUGAGUAAGAACUUUGAGAUAAUUAAAGACAUUAUCAACAAGCAGAAGCCAUGCCCGCCAAGGCAGGAGGCUUUAUCAAUUUGUCAGAAAGGCAUCUCCAUCUGCACCGAUUUGGCCAGGUAUGCAGAGCAGGGAAAAUGUGAACAAGAUGAAAUGAGCAAUUUGGUUUCACACAUCCACAAUCUAGUAGAGUCUGCUCAAAUAUUUGACUCAAAGAGUAAGGCCUCAACCAACACCCCAGCCUUCACUGCAAAGCCUCCACAACUGUGCAAAACACAGACCAGUGGAUCCGAGAAGAUGACUGCUAGCCAGACUGCUAGAGAAAAUGCCCGUUUUCGUAUAGAGCAGAGUCGGGCUCAGUUAGAUCAAGUGAGGGAAGCUUAUGGGAAGCGAGUAGAUGAAAUGGAGAAGAAGAAGCAGGAGCUGAAUGACGUCCUUAUCUCCCUGAGUACCUGUAAAGUCCAGGAGAUUGACUUUGAAACCACCAUCAAGUUUCUGGUCAAGGGACUUGAUGCCAUGGGACAAGUGAAAGAGCAGUGGGAGAAAAUGGUGCGUUUCUUUCAGAUGGUGUCAAAUAUAAUCAAGACAUGUUUGGAAACCUCACUGAAAGAUUUCACCAAGACUAUUCAGAAGACAUCCACCUCCUCUUUGAGAUACUCGCCAAGUAUGUUCAUCAAAGACAUUAUCUACACCCAAGCAUUUCAUGCCUCAAACAUUGCCCAUUUGGUGAACAUGAUUUCAGGUACCUACACUGAGGUGUCCAACAAAUACUUGAUGGACAGAGUCAGCAGCCUUGGAAAGCUCAUGGCCCUGGACCCUGAGAACCCAAACUUUACCAAAGAGCGCAUGCUACUACAAAAUUCCUGCAAGGAGGCACAGGAUGGUAUACUGCAACUGGUUAAAAGAAACAAGCAAAACUUUGACGGCCAAACUCGAGCAAGAGUGGCGCAAAUUGAAGAAGAAUUGAAGGCAGUUAUGCCGCCACCCUCGCCAAAGGAAACGGAGAAGCUGCAGAAGAUUGUUAGAAAUGGAUUUAAAGAAAAACAGGAGGAUCUAGAGGACCAGUACGCCUAAAUUUCUUGCAUGGCUUCACUAACCUUUCUGGAAAUGUUUUCACGUAAUGAUCAAUUUAAUUUAUUUCUCAGUUUAAAGAAUUUUUACUACAAAGCAUAGCAUUGUGUUACUUCAUGGUUUUUAGCUUCCCGCUGCUCAUCUAGCCAUACAAUCGUGUUUUUGUUUUAGUCUCAGAAAAACUGAGAAAACGCAAUCAUUGCAUUGACUGUUCAAAAUUUGAGAAACUGCAAAAUUAUCAAGUUACAAUAUUGAGGACUAGUUAUAUGAUAUUAUUCACAACUGUUUAUGGUCUAUAUGUUUUGGUAUGGUGUAAGAUGUUUUCUUGUUUCAGUUGGUUUAAGAUUCUAAAACUCUGGUUGCCAAUUUUUUAAGUUGUAAUGAUUUCUUCAUGCUUUAAGAAACAUUUAGCUUUUGUGAUACAUAAUGCAAAU